GGCUCCCUCCACCGCCCCGUCAGCCGCAAACAUGGCAGCGGCCGCCCGGAGGAGGCUCCGUGCUGCGGCGGAGGCGGCUCUGACGGCGACGAGCAACGGUCACAGGAAUAAAUAAGACCUGUCCACUACUCCUUUUCCCACUUCCUUUGCUCCCACCUAUCUCCCCUUUCGACCUCCUAAUAAUGUGGAAGCUCAACAAGAGUGGCAAAGUUCUCCUGGAUGAUUCUCCUGAGGAUGAAGAGAGCCAUCUACAUGAGUCACCUCCUCCACUAUCACCAGCAGCCACCUUCUCAGCACAGGUUCAAGGUGCAGGUUUUCGGGGCUGGAAAGAAGUAACAUCCAUAUUCAAUAAGGAUGAUGAACAGCAAUUACUAACAGGAUGUAAAUCUCCAAAAUCUAAAGGAACAAGUUUAAAAUCAAAAGAGGAUGUGAAAUCAGAAAAGAAAACAGGAUUUUGGGAUAGUUUGGUGAUAAAGCAGAACGUCCAGACCAGAAAGCCAGAUGAGAUUGAAGGAUGGGAGCCACCACAGAUCCCUGCUGGAGACCACCUCAGUGAUGUAGGAAACACUCUAAGUGACUCUCCGACGUGGUCAGGCUGGGAAGAUGAAACCAAAAGCUCCACAAAAUACACAAACCUGGCAAGCUCAGGAAAUAGUUCAAGGUGGAGCAUCAAAUCAGCUGGAAGGUUGGUCAGUAUUCGGCGACAAAGUAAAGGCAACCUUACUGAUAACUGGGAAGAACUAGAAUGAGGCAGUGGAAUAGUCUAUAAAUGAUAAUAGGUGACAUGAUUUAUGUAUCUCUUCAAACCAAAAUCAAACUGCUUAAUAUUGCACCUUUUCAUAGAACAAUAUUAUUUGAAUUGUUCAGUGGUUUGCUCACUCUAUCAAAAGUUGCUUAGUUGCUGUUUUCCAUGCUGAACAAAGUACCUACUUUGUGCCUAUAUUUCAUACAUUCAUACUGUCGAGUAUCUUUGUUUGCUCUUAAAAAACCUUAAUGAAUGUACACUCUGGUUGAAUAUUGAUUGCCUUACUUAAGAACUUCACUAGAUUGAAGUUCUAGAUUUCUUGGUCUUCUUGGUAAGUUUAUAUUUUGAAUGCUAUCCUUGUUCGGUAAAAGUGCUGAUUUUCAGCUGAUAUUGUGCUUAUUGUUUCAGCUUAAUAUAUUGUUUUCCUUGUCCUUGUAUGAACACAUGAUUCUCAGGAUGAAGCAUCAGAGAUCCUGCAUUUUCCCUAAGGACUAAAUGGUACAUGAAGUGUGUGAAACACAGAUUCAUGUGCUUUUCUUCUUCUGUUAUAACAAAUCUCACAACAAGUAAAAUAAGGCUCUUUAAUUCCGCUAGGCAGGUUUACAAUCAUCCCAAAGCAUGUUUUGUAAACACGACUGCAGUGAAAGCCAAGGCCUGACUUAUGUAUUCCCUAAGCACUAUAGUAAGCACCAAAAAUAGCUUCCAUGUGUUUGGGCUCCACGUUGCAGGAAUAACAUAAGCAAAGACUGAUCACUUCAAUAACCUGGAUCGCACAAAUGUUUCCCAUGCCAGUGCUGCUACUCAGCUGGAUCUUUGCAUGCGUUACCACUGCAGCAUGGUGCCUGCCCACACAGAACAGGUUGCGCUCACAACUGCUGCGUUAUUUAGGGAACACAGAAUUCAGGCUUGAGUUUCAGAUAAGUCCACCUAUGUGGCAGCCAUAUCGCUUUAGAGGCACAUGACUCUUCAGUCUUUGUCAUCAUUCUGCUUGAACUACACGAUCCCAUGUUUCCUUUUGUAGGAUUUGGUGAUCUAGCUCUGCAUUUUCAUGGUGACAAGAGGUUAAUGUUCCAUCUUGACAGUGUACAAGGGUUGUUUCAGUGUUUGCAUUUGCUAUGUGAGGUUUAGUGUUACUUGUUGCUGCUAAUUUACUAUUUAUUACUAAAAAGGAACUAUGCAUCAGUGCACAUGGGAGAGUUGAGAUGUACUAUAACUGAGGUUUAGGGUUGUUCCCUGGAAUAUCUUCACUUGUCCAUUUUAUUUAAAAUUGCACAUUGUAUGAGAUCAGAGCAACAGAAAGUGUUACUCUAGUGCAAUUCAGUGUGCCUGCAUACCACUAUGACAAAAGAAGGCUUCCAGUACUUUGUCUGAACAACUCAUUUCAGCCAGCAAGAAAGCUAUCAAGAUACAUGUGCAUCUUUUUUGUGCUUGUUGCAGCCAAAUUCUAAUCUCAGACUUGAUUGUUUGAUAUAUACUACAAGAUCACCUUUGUCACACAGGAAGACACUUCUUUACUUGCCAGAAUACGGGGCAUCACAACCUCUUCUGUGUCACAUUAGCACCAUUUACCAGCUUGCCUCAAAUUCUGGGGAUCUACCUGGACAAGGAUGAUCUCGCCACAGAGUGUUAGGUCUUUGCAGAAGGCAGCCCAGUGCCAAUACCACUUGGGGGAAUGUGAUAACUGUAAGUAACAGAGGGACUGCAGGAGACAGGAGUUGCUAGAGAGCCAUCAUCCAACUACCACGAUUACUGAUUUGAGAUAUGAAGAUGCUAAAAGUGCCUUGUUCUUUAGCAGUCUGCCCUACAAAUGCUCAGUUUUAACUACUUUUUUGCUGUGUUCCUUAUGUACAUGUGUUUAAUUUCUGUCUUAAGAUUGUCAGAUGAAUGUUUAAUCCAAGAUGUUAAUAUAUUUCUUUUCCCUAAGAUACAACUCUUUACUCAACACUCCUGCUGAGCCUAUAUGCCACUGCUUAUGUAAUAAUCUUAUUCAGCAAUAGGAUUCACCAAAAAGCAAAUUGCAAGGUUUGCCUCCAACUGUCAAUGGUUUUUAAAUGAAAUGAACUAUUUUGUAACUAUGCAGAGUUUCCAUUUUAGAAGUUUUUUCCAUGGUUUAAUAGCCCAGUUCACAUAAAGACUUUACAAUACUGACAUGUGGAAGAGUAAGGGAUUGCUACAGUUUUAAGAUAUAUAAGCUUCUAUCUCUUCUUCUCUAUUAAUAGAUACAGUCUUUUCACUAAAUACCAUCCAGUGCUUUUGAAACAUACCUAAUUCUUCCCAUGCAUCCUCUCUUUCUACUCCUUCCCCAGUUUAAGAAACUUCCAUUACAGUAGGAGCCUGUGAUCUGGCGGCCUUCACAUGAAUUGCAGAAUUCUGGGCUAGGCAACCACAACUUGGGAGUUUCUGUGUAACAAGAAGAUUAUCCAUGUUAUGUCCAAGUGUUCUGCAACAGUCUAAAGCUGACUGUGAGCCACCUCUUCUUGCUUCCUCCUCCUGCUACCCCCAAGAGGUUUUUGAAAUUGGUGGUGUCUCCGGUAAUUUGAGGGAGGCCUGAGAAUGGCCUAUGCCUUUUCAGGCAUCACAUAAUAAAGUUGCAGCUUGAACAGGACUGCUGUGGCAAAAUUCAGUCUUUUGCUUUGAAGGGUUGCGAUUCUGAACUAACACUUUCACUGAAUCGAUAAUGUCAAUGCAAAUGUGUUUAGGCAAGUUUGCAGGGGAAAAACCAAGUGUAAGCUCAUGUUAACUACAUUUAAGCCACUUGGUUUGGAAGAAAAGUUAAAUGCAUGUUUAACUUUUUCCCAUUUGAAAGUAGUGGGACUUAACAGGGCUUAACUUGGACUCAUUUAUACCCUAAUUUUAAAAAUUAUUAUUUUGUUGGUCUUGGAUGGCAUUGCAAUGUAGAGCCAUUUUCUUUAUGCAAAGGAUUUCAGGUUUACAGUUAAUGGAGGACCUUCAUACAGCAGGAACAGACAUGUGGGAUGUUGGCACUGGACCUGGCUUGGAAAGCACCCCAGCGAAGAUCGAGGAGCAGAGUCAGAAGUUCAGCUUUCCACUUGCGGAGGUUGUUACACUUGGACAAGUAGAGGCUCAGCCACGCACAUUCUACUGUCAAGUGCCUGUACUUCACCCUGAUCACUUGUUUGUGAUGCACAGCUUAACCCCAUGCCAACAUGACGUUCAUAUAUUUGUGCUGCGCUUAGGUAGCCAGUGAAAGAGUUACAAAGCUGGUGCUUAUUGUAAGACAAACACCCAACUAUCUGGAUCCUCUGUGUUGGCUUAAGCUGCUGUAGAGUAACUGGCUUGUGCUACUGAAGUGUGAUUUUAUGCAUGAAAAGCAGGACCGAUUUAGCUGGUUCUGUCCCACUGUUCAGAAAACUCUUCCUUCUGUUGCUCAUUAUAAUCAUCUGACAGGCCAACUUCGCUGCAGCCUUGUACAGGACCUGCGGAUCACAAGGCUUGCCCAGCCCUGCUUCCUCCACAACUACACCAGGGCAAGUGUUGCUACGAAGGGGGACAGCCUGUGCAGGGUCUCCGAGGCGUUGGUCAGACAGCUGCUGUGCCGAAUCCCUUCCCAAGCACUGGAUGCGAGGUGGCCAGGGGUCAGGGUGGCUGUGUUGCCUUCUCACUCAGUUGUAACCCUGGAUCCUGUGUGCUCUGGAGAUGGAUGGCCAGUCCACAGAUCAGGCCUUUAGAAGGCUUUUGAGAUAUGCAGUACAGCCUGGUUUAUUUAAGCUUUUAAAGAUUUUUGUAGAAAUGGAACAGAGUCCUUGAAAAGUUGUACAUUUCAUACCUCAUUGAUUUUUGUAGUAUUUGGGUCAAUGGGAUAGAAGUGUCCUUUGGUUUGGCAGGAUCGUGCCCAUGUUUUCCUAAAACACAAUGUUUAAUUUUAAUAGCAUUAAUUAAAAUUUAAUAUAAUUUAUUGUUGUGCUUUUCUGGAAUUGAAAGAGCUUUUCCUUUUGUGGUCUUUUAUUUGGUUAGCAAAUUUUUGUUAUUUCUAUUCUUUUAAAAUACUAGCAUCUAGACAUUAUUUGGGCUAUUUCUUAAAUGAUAAAUGCCCUUCUUUGUUGCUUUGGAACUAUUUGAUUUGAUGUCUACUGGUCUUAAAGAAGCUACCAUUGUGAUUGUAUUCUGAGAUUGCACAUAUGUAAAGAUUCAAAUGUUCUUUAUAUUGCCUUUUCACUGCAGCUAUGCAUAAUUCUUGGCUUGAACACAAUGAAGGUGAAAUGCUUUAUGUGGCUGUAACUAGUCACUUAAUGCUCACGUGUUUCCUUUUUUUCUGGUAUUUUAUUAGUUUCACUCCAAAAAUAUAGUAUUUUCACAGAUGAAUAAAAAAAAUUAGUCGAAACCAAAA